AUGACAAUCGAUCAAGUUAAUCAAAUAUCGACCACUCCAAUAGAGAAUGAACCAACAAUAUCAAAUAAAUUAGAUAAACAGAUUAUAAAAUUUCAUAUAUACCAACAUUUUAUCCAGAAAUACUCUGAUUUCACUUCUACAAAUCAUGAAACUUUAAACAUACAAGAAAGAUUAUACCCUAACUUAACAGGAUGCACAUUAUCAGGUCCAAAUAAAAUUGAAUAUAGAUCAAAUUCACUAUAUUUUAUAAAUGACUACCAUUUCCAAUUCAAUGACAUCAUCGAACCAUCAGAUAAGGAGAAUUACUCAAUUACGUUUUUGUAUUUAGGUGAGCAAUUAAGCGGACAUCAUGGGAUUGUACAUGGUGGAUUAUUAGCUACGUUAUUAGAUGAAUUGACAUGUCGCGUAGGGUUUUUGAAUUUUAAAUCCAAAAGGGGAGUAACUGCAAAUUUAAAUAUUAAUUAUAAAAAGCCAACGAAAUGUGAAUCCUGGGUUGCGAUAAAAUGUACAGUUAUGAAAAAGAUUGGAAGAAAAUGUUGGGUUAAAGGAGAAAUAUAUUUAAUUGAUCAAAAUAAACAGGAUUUGGAAGAAUGUGAUUUAUUAUGUGAUUGUGAAGUAUUAAUUAUUGAACCAAAAUGGGUAGAUGAAUUAAAAUAG